ACAAGAAUGGAAGGAGUCUGUACCGCACCAGUAGCUGGCGAUAAAGCACCGCCGGCUUCAAAAUAAGGCGACGGACGAAGAAGACACUUCCGGUCAGUGAAACAGAUGGAUGGCUGGGCUUCCCUGUGCAUUAUGAGAGCAUAGGCGAUAUAAAGAUAAAGUUAGUAGUCUUUAGUAAUAGCAUGAUAAUCCGUUGACUUUAAACUGGACCUCGUUUAAGGAAAUGCCUUUGUUAAUUCAGAAUAGGGGAUUUGACCGCAUAAGCUCAACAGCGGAACUGUUCGACAAAAACCCACAUUUACAGGAAAAUGCAAGAACAUUUCGCUCCAAGCCACUUGUUGAUGUCGAUCCAAAGUGCCUCCUGUACGUCCAACAAAGAGAGUUUGCUGCUACAACACCGGCAGAUAAUUGCGUUUCGGUCAUUGGAUCGGAUGAUGCCACCACCUGCCAUUUGGUUGUGCUGCGACACACCGGAAGUGGAGCAGUUUGCCUCGCUCACUGUGACGGUUCCAGCACUUGGUCUGAAGUCCCGCUCCUUGUGAAAGCUGUCACAUCACUGAGUACUGUCUGCAAGGAGGGCAGACUUGAGCUUCAUCUUGUCGGGGGAUUUAAUGAUGAUUCAAAAACAUCCCACAAACUCAGCCUUAACAUACUGGCAGCAUUCCAGAAACAGAAAGAGGAUAUUCAUCUGGAAACAUGCUGCAUUACAGAAAUGAACGAUAUUGUUGUUAACGGAAGACACAACCCUGUAUUAUAUGGAAUAGGCGUAAAUGUUAAAACAGGGGAGGUGUUUCCUGCCUCAUUCACUUAUAAGGGGCCUGCGGAGGAGCUGCGAUCAGCACGGACCUUCACAGGUGGACAGAUGGCUGACAUAUACGACUCAAGUAAGGGACUUGUUAAAAUCGGACCGUGCAAGUGGUCUCCGAAUCUGGAUAUUGCCUUCUGGUUGUCACAAAAUGAUGACACAAUUUUAAAGUAUCUGUCCACCUCUCCGAUGGCUGAGCCACCGCACUUUGUCCAACACAUGAAAUCCACCAUCCAGUUCCUUUUAGAACACCCCGACUCUGACAGCCUGUUCCCCGGGGGUCAGCCACAGCUCUACCACCGGACUGAGAGGGGGGACUGGGAGAGAGCUGGCCAGUCAUAGAGAACGAUCUCUCUCUGAACCUAAACAUGAAAUCUGACUGUUUUUGCCUCUGCGCUCAAUGGAUGCACUGUGACCCCUCUCACCCAAUGUUCAUUUUGUCUUAACACGGAGAGAACCCGUGACCGGACCUGACAUCAUUUGAAUAGCUCUCCUGACUCAUCUGGCUGGUCCAGAGAAGACGACUGUCUUUAUGCCUCUAACAGUUUAUUUCCUCUCUUCUGAGGUGGCAUGAAGUCUGCACUCUACAUCACCUGCUGUGCUGCAGUAAGUUGAGGUUAAUGUCCUUCUCUGUUUUGUCUUACUGUAUGUUCAGGUAAAGACAAUUUAUAAAUUAAUAUCUAUAUUUUUAGCCCAUAUACUACAGCUGAUUUUUCAAAGUUCAGUUUAUACUUGUAGCGUUAAAAUGAACUUGGCCUUUGAUUGUCACUUACUGUUGUGCUAGAAAUUCUGACUCGAAAGGUAAACAUGAAAGCUGAUGUUGUGAAUAGGAGCAAAGAAUUCUAUGAAGUACGGAAAUACACUAAACAUUUCCUAAUGACCUCAGAGAUUGACAGGUAGACUGUAGAAACGCUGUCUAUAAACAUAUGCUUUGGAAAUCUAUGCAUGAUCUGUAGUUUAUGGGCGACAACUUGUACAUAAAAACAUCUAUAUUGCUCUUCAGCAUCGAGCUUGACCUACUGGAAAAGUUCCAGAUGGGAAAUCUGCUGCAGCAACAAUGAACAUUUAUUUUGGCACUUUGUUUCAAACCAAAUACAAACACUUAAUUGUUAAAUAGCCGAACAAAGUUUAUUUUCCACUACAAAUGCACCUUCCUGAUUAGAGUAGAAUAUGACCUAGUCUACAUAAUGCUGUAUACUUGGCUAUGAAUGUGUAUAUUUCAGGAACUGCAUGUGUGCAUAUGUAUUGUGAAUCUCCAGCAAGGGGUGACAUGGUUUUUUUGUUGAAUGAAACAAAGCAGGAUUUUCACUAGUCGUACCUAUUUUGAAACUGUUAAAAUUAAAUACAUGGCCUUUUCAUCAGUUGUGUUACUUGAGAGGAUGUAAGGCGCUUAAAAGCAUCCAGUGUAACUCUUUGCAACUUGUGAAGAUAAUGUACCUGUUGCUAAAUAAAUUGUCAAAUCUGA